GUGACGACUCUCAAUUCAAACCGGCGUACGCCGAAACUCUCAACAGUCUACAGACUCACCUCUAGAUAAACUGCUUUUUCGGCGCUUGACCAGUUUGACCAGGCUGUCAAGGCCGUUGUAGAUGCGAUAUAGACAAGAAAAUAAAAAACAUCCAGCAGUCGCAACUGGGUGUCUUUAAAACUCUGAUAGUAUCUAACUCCACUUUCGGCAGAGCCUUAAUCGAACCCGAGCGCCCCGGUGUCCAAAACGAGUACACCCAUUGUGAUUCUUUUAGCGGCUACUGCAGAUUGCAGACUGUCGUUGUAGCAUUUGUAGCUAGCUAGCUAAACACAUUUACGUGGUUUGUAACAACAGUUUGCCAGCGGUAUUAAAAUAGUCUGGUGGGGAAGUUUAGGAGAGAGGAAAUGAACAGUCGACUGCAAGAGAUCCGAGAGCGACAAAAACUUAGGCGAAAGCUUUUAGCUCAACAGUUGGGAGCUGAAAGCGCAGACAGUAUUGGAGCUGUCCUAAACAGUAAAGAUGAACUGAAGGAGAUAGAGGAGACAAGAGAAACAUGCAGGUCAUCAUUUGAUAGUUCAGUUGUACCCUCCAAAAGGAAGGUACAGACGGAGGGAGAUGACACAGAGGAAGAUGUGGAAGAACAAAAGGAUGAGGUGGAGAUGCAGCAGCCAGAGGAAAGCAACCCGUACGAGGAAGUGUACAAGGACUCGAGCACUUUCCUUAAGGGAACCCAGAGUUUGAACCCUCACAAUGACUACUGUCAGCACUUUGUCGACACAGGCCACAGACCACAAAACUUCAUUAGAGAUGUUGGCUUGGCUGACCGAUUUGAAGAAUACCCUAAACUUCGAGAGCUGAUCAGACUGAAGGAUGAACUCAUCUCCACCACCAACACCCCUCCCAUGUACCUCCAGGCUGACCCAGAGCACUUUGACUUGCAGGAAUUAAAGUGCAAGUUUGAUGUGAUUCUGCUUGAACCUCCUUUAGAAGAAUACUAUAGAGAAUCAGGCAUCAGCCACACAGAACGUUUCUGGACAUGGGAUGAUAUCAUGAAACUGGAAAUUGAGGAGAUAUCAGCGCUACGUUCCUUUGUCUUUCUCUGGUGUGGCUCCGGUGAAGGCCUGGAUUUGGGCAGAAAGUGUUUGAGGAAAUGGGGCUUUAGGCGGUGUGAGGAUAUCUGUUGGAUAAAGACCAACAAGAACAACCCAGGAAAGACCAAGGCGCUGGACCCAAAAGCAGUAUUCCAGAGGACCAAGGAACAUUGUCUAAUGGGAAUCAAAGGAACAGUGCGCAGGAGUACUGAUGGUGACUUCAUCCAUGCCAACGUGGACAUCGACCUGAUCAUCACCGAGGAGCCUGAGAUGGGAAAUGUGGAGAAGCCUGUGGAGAUCUUCCACAUCAUCGAACAUUUCUGUUUGGGCCGCAGGAGGUUACACCUGUUUGGACGAGACUCAACCAUCAGACCAGGCUGGCUGACAGUGGGUCCUACAUUAACAAACAGUAACUUUAACCCAGAGACCUACGCCUCGCAUUUUGCAUUGCCCAAUUCCCACCUAUCCGGCUGCACGGAAGAAAUAGAGAGGCUACGGCCCAAAUCUCCCCCUGCUAAACUGAAGUCAGACCGUGGUGGUGGAGCACCCAGAGGGGGACGUGGAGGACCGAAUGCAGGAAGAGGCGGAGACAGAGGUCGUGAAAGAAACCGACCAAAUUUCCGCGGGGACAGGGGAGGGUUCAGGGGCAGGGGAGGGCCACAUCGGGGCUUUCCACCUCGCUAAAUGACAAAGCUCUUGGAAGCCAGGUUGAGGUUUGGAAUUCCAUUCUGCAUUAUCUGCAGCCAGCAUCGUUUGGUAUGCAGAUGCGGUUUGGAUGAUCAGUCUUUUUGGCUAUUGUGCUUGAGUGUUUAUAUAAUGGGAACUGAAUGGAUAUUGUCUGAAUAAACCUUAUUUGUACUUUU